AUGGUGGGUGGCAGGUUCACGUGGGAACGGGGAAGGGGGACGGAGUCCUGGGUAGAGGAGAGGCUGGAUAGAGCGGUAGCUACGGUGGAAUGGGCGGAAUCGUACGAGGAAACGCUGGUACGCAAGAUAAGAACGUUGCAGUCUGCUCAUAGCGCUAUUUAUGUCGACAUCGAGUCUAGACCUGUACGGGCAGCCACGCAUUCGUUUAAGUUUGAAUCAGCAUGGCUGUUAGAGGAGGGGUGCGCGAAGGUGGUCGAUGAAGCAUGGCGUCAAUCUACAGGUCUGGAUUUUCAGCAGCGUAUAACUUUGUGCGGGCAGCGGUUGGCUAGGUGGGGUGGAGAGCAUUUCCGGCGUUUUGGGAACCGGAUCAGAGAAUUGCGAAGCCGUCUGGAUAGUUUACAAGAGGAUCGCGCACCUCAGGCUGUGGAUGAAUUUCUGGCUGUUGAGGGGGAGCUAGAGAUUUUACUACAACAGGAAGAGAUUUUCUGGAAGCAACGGUCUAAACAGUUAUGGCUCAAGCAUGGCGAUGCGAAUACCAGUUACUUUCAUAAGGCCGCUUCGGCCCGAUGUCGACGAAACCUUUUAGUGCGUGUCAAAGAUCCGGGCGGAACAUGGAAGGAAGGCACAACUAUGCAUGAAGAAAUUCUAAGGUACUAUGAUUGCACUUUUUCAUCCAGUACAAGUAGCCCAAACCUAUUUUCUUGCGUUCGGAGACGGGUAACGGAUGAGAUGAAUGUCUCUUUGUUACAACCGUUUACAAUCGCAAAGGUUAAAGCGCUUUGUUUUCUAUGGCCCCGGAGAAAGCACCAGGGCCCGAUGGCAUGUCGCCGGCCUUCUAUCAACACUUCUGGCCGGUGUUGGGACAUGACCUGGCCAUGUUUGUUCUUCGUUGUGUGGAGAAAAAAAGUUUGCCAGCGGGUCUCAAUGAUUCUAACAUCGUCCUUUUGCCAAAAAAAGAAGAUCCUGGAAAGGGUAUCUGAUCUGCUCCCGAUAGCGCUUUGUAAUGUGGUAUAUAAGGUGCUGGGCAAAAUGUUGACAAAUAGGCUCAAGGGAAGUCUGGAGUUAGUUGUGUCACCGUCUCAAAGCGCCUUUGUUCCCGAGAGGUUGCUGACGGAUAAUGUGAUUGUAGCCGGGGAAAUUGGGCAUUAUCUGAGGAGAAAAACUAGUGGGAUUGUGGGGUGGGCGGCGCUUAAGCUAGACAUGGCUAAGGCAUACAACCGGAUGGAGUGUGCUUUUUUAGAAGGAAUGUUACGGGUGUUGGGGUUUGACAGGGGUUGGGUCGAGCUGUUGAUGUUGUGUGUUACAACUGUUAAAUACACUAUUCAAGUAAAUGGCGAGGGGGUGGGUACGAUUUGCCCCACUCGGGGCAUAAGGCAAGGGGAUCCAUUAUCCCCGUACUUGUUCAUUGUGUGUGCUGAAGGGUUGUCGGUCCUGCUACAGCAGGCGAAGGCAAGGGGUGAUAUUCAUGGUGUGCGAGUGGCUCGGGGAGCUCCGACCAUUACGCACCUCUUCUUUGCUGACGAUAGUCUAUUGUUCUUCAGGGCAAAUCAGCAGGAAACUAUGAAGAUUAAGGGAUGUCUGGAUUUAUACUGUGCGGCUUCAGGGCAACUUAUCAACUUUGAUAAAUCCAAUGCUGUGUUUAGUUUGAACACGACGGUUGAGGUGAAGAAUUGGAUUUCUGAGUGUCUUGGCGUGAACAUUGCAGCGGACCUAGGCCGAUAUCUGGGCUUACCAUCAGUCCUUGGUAAGAGUAAAAUUGCCACGUUUCAUUAUAUAGAAGAGAAGGUGCGGGAGCGUAUUGGGACUUGGCAAAAUAAGUUACUCUCGAGGGCCGGGCAGAAGGUGUUAAAAUUGGGGUUAGCCAAGCGGAUUGGGGAUGGACGUGACACAAAAAUAUGGGAAUGGCCAUGGCUCUCGGACGCGGCAAAACCGGAGUUACAUACUGCAUGCAUUGAUGAACUACGUUUUGCUACAUUCAGCGACUUGCUUGAUGAAAGCGGAGCAUGGGAUGUGGAAGUCAUUCAAGACAUUUUCCAGGAGGAGGAUGCCAGGAGGAUUAUCGCUACACCGGUAAAUACUCACUUCAAAGAUUCAUGGAGGUGGUUGGGUGACCUGCAUGGGCUUUACAGUGUGAAACAUGGGUACCGGUUAUCAACAACAAACACUGGGCCGAACAACACCGUGGAAGAGUUUCAGGUUUGGAACAAAUUAUGGGCACUGCCAGUUCUUCCAAAGGUGAGAAACCUGUUAUGGCGCUGCGCUCGCGGGGUUCUUCCGGUGCGGGAAAAUCUGAAGACGAAGCGCGUUUUCAUAGGCGGAGGAUGUCCAUUUUGUGGUCACCUGGCCGAGACACCGGAACAUCUUUUCUAUGAGUGCUGCUACGCCAGAGAGGUUUAG